AUGGUUGGCGUGGCAGCGGCGAUCAACAGAGCGUCGUCGUCGAAAGUCGACGCGGAUCUCCGGUGGUCUCCACACGGUGCCUUGCUGGCGCGACUCGAGGCGAUUGACAGUAGAGGAAGUGACAAUGUCGAGGAAGAAGAAGGUCGCGAGCUGGCCAAGAGCCUAUCAGAGCAUCACACGUGGCUGCUGCACGGCUUGGCGCGCUUCAAGCCUCCCAGCAGCCGAUCCCGCGAUGCCAUUGGCGCGGCUCGUCUGGAAGUGGGGGUGGGGGGAGCAGCUGGCACCUCGCAAGUGACAAUCCCAGUGGUUGGACGGCUAAGGGAAGCGGCUGUGACUGCAAGCGCUGUGCUUGGGUUGGAUGAAACACAGGCGUACUUUUUGGCGGAUAGGAUUGUGGCGUUGUAUCAGGAGGAGAGGCAGAGCCUGCUCAAGUGCCUGCGGCUUCUGCUGGCCAUGCAAGCUGUCGCCUCCUCCUCCCCUUGUGCAUCUGCAAUUGAGGGGGAGGUGAGCGCGCUGCUGAAGGAGGGGUUGCUGUCGAAUGUUAUGGCUCAGCUCAGGUCGCUCCCACGAUCCCAACCCCCCAAGGCUCUGGAUCGUGCAGGGAUGGCAGGAUGGGCAGAAGCAUCCUCCGUCACGAUCCAUUCUAAUUCGUUCAGCACACCCUCUUUCACUUUGCUCCCCUUCUUCUCAUCUUCUCAUCUUCCCAUCUUCUCAGCUGACUAA